UGGUUGUUGUAGUUGUAGUGGGAGUUCGUCGGCGUGUUUGCGUUUCGCUCGCUCGUUUGGCGAUUUGCUGGGAUUACUUGCCAGUUUAUUUGUGGCAAAAGCGCAUUUAAUUCGGAGGAAGUGAGUAGUGAGUGGCGAAAAGGGAGACGCACUUCCGCGCUGGAAAGGCGGAGUGAAUCGAGUGCAUGCGAAUGGGUGUGGAUAGCAAAUCGAAGUGCAAGUGCGGGCCAGCGAAUAAGAGGAAGUGCGAAGCCGAAAAGGAAGCGAAGCAAGGUGGGCAGUGAAAAGUGCAACGAAAGCGGCAGAGGGAACUGCAAUAAAUCAACAAAAAAAGGAAAAUAUUCUACGUGACGCGAAAUUAAAUGCGCUCGCUCCUUCUCGCUCGCACGGGCGCCCCGUCUCUUUCCCCCGCGCUCUUUGUUGAAAUUUAACUGCGAGCAGAACAGGGUCAAAAAAAAACAAAAAUAAAAAAAAAAAAAUAAAGAAACACGUCGAGAAAUACUCGUGUAUAUAGAGUUCUAGGUAAUUCCUACCUUCCGUUUUUCGCGGUUAACGCGCGUGAUUCAUAAACCCGUCUUCAAGAUACGAAACCAAAAACAGAAAACACAGCGUGCAUUGAACCUGCUGGAAGCGCUGGCCACCAGGAAUCGCUUCAGUCAUGGAAAACAACAUCUGUGCAAUAGUCGAAUACGAGUAUGCGGCCAAGGAGCCGGACGAGCUGGAUCUCCAGAAAGGUGCCAUCAUCCAUCGGAUCAAGCAGAUGCCCGGCGGCUGGUGGCAGGGCACCCUGAAGGCCUCCGGCGUCACGGGUAUGUUUCCGGAUAACUUUGUGCGCGUGCUGGAGUCUGGAGUCAGCAGCAAUGGCAACGGAACCACUGGCAGUGGCGACCACAUCGAGGAAGGCGCCGCUGUGCAGCUGAGGGACAAAUCCGCGACAUCGAAUCGCCGCUGCAAAGUCAUCUAUAGCUACACACAAGUCAACGACGACGAACUGACGUUGGCCGUGGGUGAUGUCAUUGAAUUCCUAGGGGAGGUCGAGGAAGGCUGGUGGCGCGGUCGUCUGCGCAGCAAAGUCGGCGUCUUCCCAUCGAACUUUGUGCAACAUAUCGAGCCGUCUCCCGUUUUGGCCUCCAAACGGCCACCGACAAUUGGCGCCACCGUGACCACAUCGGCGCUGACGUCCAAGGCGGCCAAUGUGGCAGCCACAUCCACAGUACCAACCGGCGGAGCAGUGCCUCCUGCGUCCACCAGCACCUCCACCUCCACAACUAAGCAGGCAACCAAGAGCAGGGCAACUGCAGCAGCAGCAUCUGCUCCAGCGGAGCCAGCGGCCAUAGUUUCGGGAUCGGGAGCAGCAGCUGGAGGAGGAGCAGCGGCGGCAGCGGCAGCAGUGCCCAUGUUGCCGCCCAAGCCGCAGCGGGAGUUCUGCCGGGUGGAGUUCCCCUACGCCCCGCAGAACGACGAUGAACUGGAGCUGAAGGUGGACGACAUAAUUGCGGUUAUCAGCACGGAACUGCCCGAUAAGGGCUGGUGGAAAGGAGAAAUCCGCGGCAAAGUGGGCGUCUUUCCCGACAACUUUGUCAAAAUGCUGGCACCCUCGGAAGUUGCACCGAUCAACGAGCCACCGAGUGCCACACAGAUUACGCAGAAUCAGAGGAAGGUCAGCAACACCGCCAGCACCAGCACCCACAUGACCACAACGAACUCAAGCAAUUCCAGCACCACCUCGGUGACCACGCAGCAGCAGAAGGAGCAGAUCGGAGGCAGUUCCUCCACCACAUCGAAGGUGUACAUCAAGAAGACCGGGAGCAGCAGCAACAGCACCUCCAGCACCACCACCACAGCUUCCUCCUCGGCGGGUCGCAAGGAGAGCUUUGGAUCCCGUGACUCCCUGAACGAUAUCCUGAGUGAAACGGGUCUGCCCACCGGCAAUGUGGCUGCCCAAAGGAAAUCCCUGGAGAACAAGAACCUGGACUUGACCAAGCCACCUGGAGUGGGAGCAUCAGUGGCCAUUGGACAGCAGCGGAGCAGCACCUCCAGUGCCACCACCUCCUCAGCCACCACAGUAGCCACUGGACUAACCUCAUCAUCAGUGAGCAAGUCCAUGGAGAACAUGCUGGACGACAAGGUCAAGUCGCCACCACCGCCGGUGCUCAGCAAGAAGCCCAAUGUGCCGCUCAAGAAAACUCCCACCGGCGGAGUUCCUGUGACUGGUAACCUUUUGGGCGGCAAGAAAAAGAAUACCGAUGGAAAACUCACCACUGCCGUGUCCCAUGAUUUGGCGGAUGGUUUUGCGGCCAGCAAGAUGCUUUCAGGUGCUAAUCAACUGCCUGAAUCUGGAGCAGCUGGCAAUGUGGUGAUCCGGAGAGCUGCCACGAUUGCAGUGGAGGAUACAGACUUCGAUCGCGUGGAGAGGGCUUCCAUACUUACGGAUAUGCGGCAAGGAAGGGUCAAGGCGCCAAAGAGACGUCCACCAUCGGCGGCUAUCAAUGUGCUGGGCGAAAGCAAUAACAAUUCCGUAUAUGUAAAUGGCAGUGGAAUGUCAGGAUCCGGUGGAGCAGGAAGUGCCAGUGAGCUGAGUGAAGAUGGCGGUGCUGGUGGAAAGACUUCUGAUGACAAUUCCACCGGAGAGGAACCACAGUUGGCCAAACCGAAACCACGUGAGUGGGAGAAGAAAAAGGCACCCUGGAUGGAGGAGCUGAAGGCCUCGCAGGUCACCAGGAAAAAGACCUCACCCAGUGUGGAGCCACGAGGAGCUUCGGUGGCCGAAAGAACCUCCAAACUCUUUGCAGCCGAGCAAGCUGUCAGCAGCAAUAGCAGCAGUACCACAACGAAAGUGCAAUCUUCAGCGGUGACCUCCUCCAUGUUUGUGGAGAACUCAACGACCAGCAGCUCGGUGAUUACCAGUAGCUCCCACACCACCACCAACGAUGCCAUCAUGUCGCGCAGCUUGUCGGCUGCCAAAGUCCAAACCGCCAGCAGCGACGAGGAGACGAGAGCCACAAGGCCAAACAGUCUAGCUAUACGGAAUCAACGAAGUGUUUCGCCUCUGGUAAAGAGCUCCAAUGCCAGCAGUUCACAUUCCCAGGAGGAGAAGCACUCCAACCAGCUGAACAACCACCAGGACGCCAGUUCCUCAAGGGUGGCCCAGCUGGAGCAACGGGUGGAUAAGCUGGAAGGGCUGGUGCUAAACCAACAGCGAACCAUUGAGGAGCUGGUGAAUGCCCUGAAAUCGGAAGCUGAACGCGUCAAGAUUUUGAGGAGCGAACUGGACAAAUACGCGCAGUGCGUGACGCAAGUUUGAGCCUAGUUGAAUCGCCUUUUAGCUAGCUUUUGAAUCCUUGAUUUUUAGCGUGUGCUGAACUCUACAAUAUACCCAGGCCUAAAAGCGUAGAACGUAGUAGAGUAGAGACCGAACCCAAGACAAUCCCAAAUAUCUGUACUCUGUGUUCUGUACUUAUAUACCAGAAUGAUCUAUCCAAAACCACUAGCGAUCAAUCGUUUUUGCAUGCCAAAACCGUUUUGUUUUUCGCAACAAUACUUUGUAUUCCCCUGUAUAUCUGAUAAUUUCGAUAAGUAUUUUUUAUACACUCGUACAUUCCGAAGAGCAAAAGGGUGUGAUUUCUUUUAGCUGCUUUCGAUUGCGAUUUGUUUUGUUUAUUCGAUUUAUGAUUAUUUUUUAAAGAUGUAUUAAAGUUAUGAGUAAACUGUACUAUAAACUAUAUACCUAACGAGAGAGAAACAUACAAAGUUCGAUGGAGUCGAUGAUGAUGCCUAAAACUUAAGCAAUACCAAUAAAUAAUGCAAAUAAAUACUUCAAUGUUUUCUGAA